AUCUAGUAGUGAGAUGCCUAAAUCAGUGAGAGUAGACGACAAAUGAUUUCGAACAAUUAUGAAAUAGUAAGGAAUUGUUUUGAAAUCGAAACUUGUACAAUAAGGAACGCGUGCAAUUGGAGCCUAUAAAGGACCGAUACUAAGAAAUUCAGCCCUCAUUGGUCAGUAGAGAAGGUCUCAGAAGGCCUGAAGAGAGGCGAGCUGAUUGAGGGACCAAUCAGAAUCAACCCCAGGAACUUCGAAGAUGCCUACCUGCCACACCCUGAUGGCAAGUCUGACGUGUAUAUCCAUGGCAUAAAGAACAGGAACCGAGCUCUGAAUGGAGAUAUAGUGGCAGUGUUAUUGAAACCUAGGGAAGAAUGGAAGGUGCUUAUGGAGGAUGUGCAAGCAUUUGAGGAAAACAUGGUAGCUGAAAUGGAGGCACUCACUCUAGAGGCCGAUGUCAAUAACCAUGACAACGAUGACAAUUACAUUGAUGAUGACGAUGAUGAUGCAGACGUGGUAGUUGAGGAAGAGUACACAGAGGAAGAAGAUGAGGGGGAAGAUAAGAUACAAAAUGGGGCAGUUGGAAAUAACGAUACCAGUGCUGCCAUCUACAAUGAAAGUGAAAUACCAGAAUGUGAAAACUUGAAUGACACUAGACAGAAUGAUAAAACCCCAGUCACAAAGGUUCUGGAAGAUACUCAGGAAAGCUGUUCUGCCACAAAUAGUGAUGUAAAUCUUGGUGCUGCCACCUGUGUUCCUACCUCAGAGCCUUCCCAGGAUGCAGUGUUGACCCCCAGCAAAGAUGCUUCCAGUUCUGAUCCACAGAAGACUGCAACCAGUUCAGUCAAAAAGAAGGAAAAGUCUCAGAAGAAGGGUUCUCCCAGGUAUAAACAUACCACUCUGAAGCAGUUCACAGAUGGGAAAAGUCCAGCAGCCAAGGUUUUAUUCCAUGAAGGCAACUCAGAAGAGGAGGCCCAGGUUAACCACGACAAGUUUCUGCAGAGGAUAGGAACCGUUGUGUAUAUAAUAGAGAAGAAGCAUAGCCGGGCUUCCACGGGUCACAUCAAACUGAUGCAGGACAGGAACAAGGACAAGGCUCUGUUCUCCCCCAUUGACCCUAGAGUGCCAAGAAUAUGUAUAGCUAUGACAGACUGCCCACAAGGGUUUUAUGAAAGACCUGAGGACUUUUCCAGAAGUUUAUUUGUAGCAAGGAUCACAGAGUGGGAUGAAGUGUCACAGUUUCCUAAGGGCUCCCUUUUAAGAAGUCUUGGUGAGGCCGGGGAGAUAGAGCCGGAGACAGAGGGAAUACUGAUACAAUAUGGAGUGGACUACAGUGAAUUCUCAGAGCAGGCUUUGUCCUGUCUGCCCCAGAUUCUGCCCUGGUCCAUACCACAGUGUGAGCUGGAGGCCAGGAGAGCCAUGGACUUCAGGGAGGAGUGUGUCUUCACCAUAGAUCCUGCCACGGCCAGAGAUCUGGAUGAUGCUCUGCAUUGUAAACCACUGGGAGAUGGUCUGUAUGAAGUAGGUGUGCACAUAGCAGAUGUCAGCUACUUUGUCCUGGAGGGGACGGAACUGGACGUAGUGGCCAGUCAGAGAGCCACCAGUGUUUACCUAGUACAGAAGGUAAUCCCCAUGUUGCCCAGGCUUUUGUGUGAACAGCUGUGUAGUCUAAACCCAGAUGAGGACAGGCUGACAUUCUCAGUGGUCUGGAAGAUAACAGAGGAAGGGGAGAUUCUAGAUGAAAAGUUUGGAAGGUCAAUCAUCAGGUCCUGUGUAAAGCUUAGCUAUGAGCAUGCUCAGAGUUUUAUAGAGGAGCCAGACAGAGAGUGGACAGUGGAAGAGUUUCCACCAAUCAGUGAGGGUUUUACAAUAGACCAGAUCAAACAGAAAGUCCUGGAUUUGCAGAAAAUGGCUGUAAAUCUGAGGCGCAGGCGGUUUGACAAUGGCGCCCUCCGUCUUGACCAGGUCAAGCUGCAGUAUGUCCUGGAUAAAGAGACAGGACUGCCCUGUGGCUACUCUGUUUAUCAGCAAAAAGACAGCAACAGACUGAUAGAGGAGUUUAUGUUGCUGGCCAACAUGGCUGUAGCGCACAAGAUAUACAGCAGCUAUCCCGAGAAGUCUCUGCUUAGACGCCAUCCGCCACCACAGACAAAGAUGGUGAAUGAUCUGGUGGAGCUCUGCAGUAACAUGGGCAUCCCCAUAGAUGCCAGUAGUUCGGGGGCCCUGCAGGAGUCCCUGGCAGCCUACUGUGAUGAUGAUAUCUGGUCCAAGGCCAAAACACAGAUACUCACUGUCCUCUGCUCUAAGCCAAUGCAGACUGCCCGUUAUUUCUGCACUGGCUGUAUUGAUGAUGAGGACGCAUUCAGACACUAUGCCCUCAGUGUUCCUCUCUACACUCACUUCACCUCCCCCAUUAGGAGGUAUGCUGAUGUCAUUGUGCACAGAUUGCUGGGGGCCUGUCUGGGCUACUGUGACCCUCCCAGGAAGUCCAAGGAGUCCAUACAGAGACAGGCAGAGCACUGCAAUGACAGGAAGAAUGCUUCCAAACAGGUCCAGGAGCUCAGCAGUGACAUGUUCUUUGCCAUAUUUGUCAAGGAAUGUGGUCCACUUGAGGAACAAGGGAUGGUGAUGGGGGUCCUGGACAAGGGUUUUGACGUUUUGGUGCUAAAGCUGGGAGUGGUGAAGAGAGUGUACUGUGAUAAACUUCCCCUGAGCAGUUUCUCCUACCAGAAGGUCCGUAAAUGUCCUGAGCUGACCCUGGUGUGGGCACCAGAUAAUGACCACCACAGGGAGGUCACCCAGAAAGUGACCAUCUUCACUCAUGUCCAGUGUAUUCUUAAAGCUGAUGACCAGCCUCUGAAGUGGAGUGCCACAGUACAGCGACCAGUGGAGACCAUUUAG